CACGAGGUUCUUCCCUACCGGUCGCUCUCGUUGGAAUCAAUUCCGCAGGAAAGUUACAGGUGCAUGAAAAGUUACACGUGCUGAAAAAGCUCAAUUUUUUUAAGUGUUUAGUUACAAUCCGAGGAACCUAGAGUUUUUAUAGUGAUAGUUUUGGAUGUGUGACUAUUUCGGAAGUGUGACUCUUGAAUCGGAUGUGCUACUCUUCGACUUGGAUUUUAAGUGAUUAAGGAUUAGAAGUGAUUUCGGGUGAAAGGAUCCUGUGCAAGUGGAGGUAGUGUUGCAAGAAAUCGAAAGCGGAAAUGACCAGCGGACUGAAAAGCGCUGGUGUACGAGCCAAUUAUGUUAAGUGGCCAAUUAGCAAUUAGAGCCUCCUAAUUAUCCAAGGCUUCAAGUUUCCUCUCUUGGCAAACAUCCUUCACUUAUUUUAUUUAAAAAUUCCCCAUCUUCUUAAACUCGCAAGAGUACCGGAAGUUGAUCAGGCCCAAGUUUACUAUUUCCAAUUGAAGACUAUAUUUUCAAUUGAAGACUCUGCUUUCCAUUGAAGACUAUAUUUUAAAGCGUUUUGACAUCAAGAUUCUGUCUCCCAGAUACCUAAUUAGUCCUGGGGUGGCGACAGAGGCACCUGCAGGAGCGCGAAAAUCACCAUCCGUGAUGACGGUCCAUCACCAUCGUCAGAACCACCACCAUGCCUUGAGUGGCAUCACUGUCGCCAACGGCAUCAAUUUAAGCAGGAUGUCAAGUCUUGACACCCACCGAUUAGAAAACAUGGUGGAAAGGAAUGGGGUGGAGAGGCUCUCCAAUUUGGAUGCGAGGAAUAACAAUAAUAGUUUGGAAAGAAUGGGGGAUGCUUCCACGACGAUGCCGCAUAGGUCCAGGUUUAUGAUCACUGACAUCCUUGCCGGAGCCUCGAGUCCUUCAAGUGUGCAGAGUCAAGAUCCACCCGGAAGUCCACCUUCGACCCCGAGGGACCUCAGCGUUAGGCAUCAGUCGAGAAAUUCAUUAAACAACAGCAAUUUGGAUGAGGACAGUGAUACAAGUCAUCAUGAUGCUGUUUCUGUGUCUUCCAAUGGUGGUAAAGAGGAUGACCCGAAGGGACCAUCGAAUUCUCUGAGUUCACAAAGCAAGAAACAGAGAAAAGCAAGAACAGCAUUUACUGACCAUCAGCUUCAAACACUUGAAAAGAGUUUUGAAAGACAGAAGUAUCUUAGCGUUCAAGAUAGAAUGGAAUUAGCAGCCAAGUUACAGCUUACGGAUACGCAAGUCAAGACGUGGUACCAAAACAGAAGGACAAAGUGGAAGAGACAAGCUAUAGUGGGCUACGAGAUUCUUGCUGAAGCCGGAAAUUAUGCAGCCUUCCAGAGACUGUAUGCGAGCGGAGCAGCUGGUGUUCCUGCACACCCUGCGGCUGGAUCCUAUUGGCCAUACCCUGGAGCAGCGGCCCAUCAUCAGAGUGAUCUCUUUUAUCGGCAAGCAGCAACCGCCGCUGUCACCCUCCAGAAACCCCUUCCCUACAGACUUUACCCAUCACCGAUGAUGCUGGCUGGUCCCAGCACACCUCUAGGCUCCCUUGCAGCCAGCUCGAGUCUCUCCACCUUGAGCAGCUUCUAUCGAGAGAGUCCGGAAAUGAUGGACCCCAGGGAAAGGGAAAACCUUGAAAGGUCCGUCAUGACCAGGGAUAGGAGUAAGAGUCUCGAAAGAUCUCCACCUCCUAGGGAAGACACUCCCACUAGUAUUAAGGCAGAGAGCGACGAAGAAAGUAUAAAUGACGUCUAGGAACUCUAGGAUCUUUGAUUCGAUUCAAAAAGUAAUUGAUCAGAAGUUCAUUAAUUCAAGGAGAGAUCCAGAUUUUAUUUGAAUGGGUUCAAGAUACGAAAGGAUACCAAAGCUGUUCGAAAUGAUACACUGAAGAUGUGUGUGGCUAGGGUGGCCCCGAUUUUUUUUUUAUUCUCACUCUACGAAUUUUGUUCGAAUUCAUACAAAAAAAAUUGUUUCCAAAUUUCAGCGAAAUCGGGUAAUAUUAACCCGUCACCAAAAGGUUUGAAGUUUUGGAUUCAUUUAAUAUCCACUCUAAAGAAAUUCCUGGACUGUUCCAGAAAAUUUUUCAUACCAAGUUCGGUAAAUUUUCAAGGUACUUUGGGGAGUUUUGCGAAAAUAACUUUUGGAAAAUUUCGCAACGAUUUC